AUGGCCGCGCCCAAACUUAAUAGCGAUAUGGAGAUGGGCAGUGUGCACGGCGACCAGGUCGCCCCGGCCGCCGCCGACGAUACCCAGCAGGAUGACAUCAUGCAGUUCGCCCGGUUAGGCGACAUCAAGGCCAUGGAGAAGCUGUUCGAGCUCAAGGGAUACGAUGCCACCUAUGCCGACGAGGAGGGUAUCACGCCACUACAUUGGGCUGCAAUCAACAAUCAGUACGCCAUGUGCAAGUUCCUCAUCGAAAACGGCGCCGAAAUCAACCGCAAGGGCGGCGAGUCGGUAGCCACGGCUCUGCAGUGGGCAGCCCAGCGAUGCCAUUACUACACCGUCAAUCUCCUCCUCCAGCACGGCGCCGACCCCCUCAUCACCGACUCGCAGGGCUACAACACGCUGCACAUCUCGACCUUUAACGGGAACGUCCUCCUCAUCGUCCUCCUCCUCCACCAGGGAAUCCCCGUCGACGUCGUCGACAGCUACGGCCACACGGCCCUUAUGUGGUCCGCUUACAAGGGUCUGCCCCAGUGUGUCGACAUGUUUCUCCGCUGGGGCGCCAGCGUCCACGCCACCGAUGAGCAGGGCUUCACGGCUCUGCACUGGGCACUCGUCAAGGGUAACCCCUUCUGCGUCCUCAAGCUCAUCGAGUAUGGUGCCGAUCGCUUCGCCAAGACGCACACGGGAAAGACACCCGCCGCCACCGCCGCAGACCUGGGUACCGACCAGGCCUGGUUCUCGGCCCUGCGCGAGUGCGGAUACGACGAGGACGGCCACCCUGUCACCCCGCCUUGGCCGGGCGCCCAGUAUUUCAUUCGCGACAAGCGGCUCUUUGUUCUCCGAUUCACCUUCCUCUGCCCCUUUGUCCUCGUCUGGGCCAUUGCUAUGGUCCUCUCUCACGCACCGGUGCUCCUCGCCGUGCCGCUCGCUGGCUUUGUCGGAUUCUCCAUCCAGUGGGCUGCACAGCAAGUCCUCGACUACGCCCCUCCUAGUCUGAGGGCCUUUCACAAGACGCCCUGGCUCACCGGCAUCUUCGCCGGCUCCCUAUUCCUCGUAGGCGUCGACUGGUUGUUUGUCGUCCUGCCCGUCACCGUCACGGCAGGCGAGUCUCAGGGUUCCCGAUCGCAUUUCCUGCUCAACCUCGUCCUUGCCGCCCUCCUCGGCCUCACCACCUAUUUCUACAUUGUCUCGAUGCGAAAUGAGCCCGGAUACGUGCCCAAGCUCAGCGGUAUCUCGGAACAAAAGGCCGUCAUUGACGAGCUGCUUGCCUCGUGGAAGUAUGACGAGUUCAACUUUUGCAUCACCUGCAUGACUCGGAAACCUCUGCGUAGCAAACACUGCAAAGCCUGCCAGCGAUGUGUUGCCAAGCAUGACCAUCACUGCCCUUGGGUCUACAACUGUGUGGGCGUCAACAACCACCGUCACUUUUUCCUCUACAUCAUCUGCCUGACGCUGGGCAUCCUCACCUAUGACUGGCUCUUGUACUACUACUACGACACCGUCUCGCGCGCCGGCUCCGACAGCUGCAGCUUCCUCAGCCCGAACCUCUGCCAACUCGUCAACGUCGACGCUUACACGCUCAUCCUGGCCAUCUGGGCAUCCCUCCAACUUCUGUGGGUGACAAUGCUCCUGUUCACGCAGUCGGUGCAGGUUGCCCGCGCCCUUACAACGUACGAGAACAUGUACGGCGUCCACGACAGCGGCACGACAACGGCAUUCACAUCGACGGGCCACCCUCUCGACCCGAACCACCCGUCCAUCUCGGCCCCCAGCGACAACGCAGGCGGCCACAAGACCAAGGUCGGCAAGCUCAAGCAGUGGAGCCGCGUGCUGGGCAUCGACCCCUUCAUCGAGACGAUUGCCGGUCGGGGCGCCGCGGCGGGCAGCAAGCGCAUACGCAAGAAGAACCCCUACACGAGGGGAUACGCCGUCAACUGCAAAGACUUCUGGUGCGACCCCGCGCCCGUCUUUGGUAAGAGGGAGAAUGGCACGGCUAUCCUCGGUGGGAGCCCUGUCGAUUAUACGGUCAUGUACGAGAGCCCUAGACUCAUGAGCCUCAGCGGAGGGAGGGGUCGUGACGGGUACGAAGCAGUUGGGACAGAGGUGGUGUAA